GUCAAAAAAAGACAAGAAAAAGCCUACUCAAUUGUGGAACUGACAGCAAUGUUAGCAAUAUUAUUAGUAGGCUUAUGGUAGGCUACAAUACCUUAAUAAAACACAACUGAAUGUGAACUGAGCCUAUCUGACUGAGUCUGAACUGAAUUAUGCGGUGCACAUAUUUUUAAGCCUACAUUUAAUGUUAAAAAUUCAUAUUCUAAUUGUAGCCUAUAAUAUUCAGAAAUCCAUGUGAAAAAGGUUUAAGUUUUAAUUCUAUUUCCUUUCAUGUGUUCAACUCACCCGUUUUUGAUCACUUGGAUUAUUCCUCAAAUCCUGUAGCCUACUCAUCGCUUGUACUCAUCCAAUAUGGCAGCGACCAACGACAGUAAUAACAGUAUGGCAGGGACCAAAGCUAUCAACUCUGGAGGGAAACAAUCCCCUACCUCUGCCGAACAGGUAGUGGCUGGUUUUCAACGACUUCGCCAGGAACAACGGAGCAUGGCCACAAAAGCAGCGGAACUGGAGAUGGAAACCAAUGAACACAGUCUUGUUAUCGAUGCUCUCAGAGAGGCAGAUCCAAGUCGAAAGUGUUACCGGUUGAUUGGGGGUGUCCUUGUGGAAAGAACAGUGCAGGAGGUCCUCCCUGCACUUGAGAGCAAUAAAGAACAGAUCUCCAAAAUAGUUGAAUCACUCAACACGCAGAUGCAGGCGAAAAGGCAGGAGCUGAAUGAGUAUCGGGAACGCUUCAACAUCCGAAUAGUUGGAGAGGAAGAGGCGUCAAACAAAGCCACUGAGGAGAGGGAAGGUGCUGGAACAAAGGGUGGAGGCACAGGGGUCCUAGUGUCCUAGUUCUGAGCCUGACUAAUGGACACGGUUCCACAUUCCGAAGUAAAGGUGGUCUAGUUUACUCUACUCUUGAGCACUUUUUUAAAUGCAGGUUUUGUGAAUGACCAAAGUAGGUAAUCGUAAGUUAAAUGUGAGAAAUAAUGCGUUCCUAUUUAAUGCUGAAGGAUGUUGUUGUAGGGUUAUAGCUUGGAGGAGUUAUGUAUGCUUAGGAGUGUUUAAUGUUUACGUGUAACACACACUCUAGCAGCUCCCUGUAUUUAGGGAGUGCACAAUGACUGUCCAUAACUAUGUAGAGUUUAAAUUCACAAUAAACCAUGUUGCAAUAAAUUCUUUCUGGCUA